UUGAGUAUCAUCUAUAAAUUAAAUGAUUUGUCUUGACAAACCCAGAAACCUUUUCAAUUUUUGUUAAGGUAUUCAGUUGAAACACAUCCUCCACUACUCUAUGGACUCCAUUAAAGAAGCACAAGACUCUCCAAAAACUUACGAAGAUAUAAUUUCAACCCUUCCGAAAGAUAAUGGGUGGAAAAAGCCUCUUUACCUCUACCAAGGCUUUUGGUACAUCGCUUUCCAGUUAGAAGGAGUCAUAUUUGCUCAACAAAACUUCCAGACUCAACCUGGUGACAUUUUUUUGUGCAGUUUUCCAAAAUCAGGUACCACUUGGCUUAAGGCCCUUGCUUUUGCCAUUGUAACUAGAAACCGUUUCGACCCUUCUUCAAACCCUUUACUCACAAAACAACCUCACGAUUGCGUUCCUUUCUUGGAGAUGGAUUAUUUCGAGAAUCCAGCUAUAUCUGGGCCUGGCGGCCUCUCGCUUUGGGCUACACAUAUCCCAUAUGCGUCCUUACCGAAAUCUAUAACAGAUUCAAGUUGCAAAAUUGUUUAUAUUUGUAGGGAUCCAAAGGAUGUAUUUGUUUCAUUGUGGCAUUAUCUAAAUAAGCUAAGAGCCGACAAAUUUGAAGGAACCCCUAUAGAGAGGGCCUUUGAAUUGUAUUGUAAUGGAAGCUCUCUGUAUGGACCUCAAUGGGACCAUGUUCUAGGGUACUGGAAGGCGAGCCUGGAACGCCCAAAUCAGGUUUUGUUCAUACAAUAUGAGGACAUGAAGAAGGACUCAAUUUUUCACUUGAAGAAGCUGGCUGAGUUCAUUGGGUAUCCUUUAUCUUUAGAGGAAGAAAGUGAAGGUAGAGUGCAGAAAAUUAUAGAGUUGUGCAGCUUUGAGAAUCUGAGCAAUUUAGAAGUUAAUAAGACAGGAAAACGAACUCAUCGUGAAGUUGAGGGUGGAAAAAUGGAUAACAAUGCAUACUUCCGAAAAGGUGAAAUUGGAGAUUGGAAAAAUCUUUUGACAUCGGAGAUGGGGGAAAAGCUGGAUAACAUAACGGAGAAAAAAUUUAGCGGAUCCGGAUUAACAUUCUCUUGAUUGAUCCAGAAAUUAAAUUAAUUAAACUUUACCAAUAUAUUAUACUGUUCCUUUGCAUAUCAUAGUUUGUCUCAAUGUAAUUUGUCCAGUUUGUAUUUCGCAUCUGUAUGAAUAUUACUGCAUUUUUAAAUGUAUAUAAGAGUUUAACAA